GUACUUCGAGGCUCGAAGCAUCUUACCUCCAACACAAUCGUCCACUGGGGAACCUGGCUUGGUUGCACCGCAGGCGUGAUAGUUGUCGCCUAUCUCAUUGACAGCGGCAUUCCAGUCUUUGGCGGCUUGGUCUCUCUCAUUGGAGCUCUCUUCGAAACUCUUAUGUCCUUCCAGCCCUAUGGCUGUAUGUGGCUAUAUGAUAACUGGUCUAAAGGCCGGUAUGAACCAACGCCGAGGUGGUGUCUUAUGGUGGUCUGGAGCGUCUUUGUUGUCGUUUCCGGGACGUUUCUGAUGAUUGCUGGUACUCAUGGGUCUAUUGUAGGCAUCAUUGAGACCAACAGGGAAUCUGGGGGUUCCAAGGCAUGGUCAUGUGUUGAUAACUCAAACUCCUCUUAG